AUAUUUGUUCCCCAGCUUGUAUUUCUGUUCAUUCUUUGGGACACAGAGCUAGGCCGCCCUGCAUAUCGGGGUUUGUUUUAUUGCAAUAUUAAAGGAGGCAUGGUGUUUUGCAGGUGAAGAGUGAAGAAUUAGAUGAGUUCGUGUUUAAGCAGAGGGGGGAGGGCCUAUGGUUUAGAGCUAGAAAUAAUAAAACCUACUUUUUCAACUUCAAGCAGAAGUUGUCAGUCUUCACCUUCUUCAAGCAAUGGCAAUUCCCCACUUGCAAUCUCCACUAGAAAACCCCGAACCCCUCGCAAACGCCCCAACCAAACCUACAAUGAAGCUGCUGCCCUCCUUUCCACCGCCUAUCCCUGUCUGUUCCCCCCAAAAAACUUUACCAAAUCCCCUAAAUUCACCAAGCCUCAUCACUACUCUUUCUUCAAUGAUUCUUCCCAACUGUUGUUGUUUCCUUUCCGGGUCAUUCAAGACUCUGGGUUCUUGCUGCCAAAACCCGUAGAGUCGAAAGUGGAGAGCGUUUGUAACAAGUGGGCAAGCGAUACUAGUAGUGGGGAAGUGAAUUCCCCUGGAAGAGGAGUUUCCACGGAAAGGGAAAUGGAAUUCCAAGAUGAUUUCGAUGCGGAAUCGAUCCUGGAGGAAGGUAGAGGGAUUGAUAGCAUAAUGGGGAAGCUUAGUGUGAAGCAGGAGGAGGAGACAUGGGAAGGUAGAAGCAACCUAGUUGGUUGUUCAUGUUAUACGAGAAAGGGAUUAGUAAGAGCAUUGAGACAUGUGGAGCAGCAAGCCAAUUGGUGGAAUUUCUCAACCGUAGACUUGCAACAAAUCUCACCCAAAACCAACACCAACACCAACACCAACACCAACACCAGAGCUGACAAGAAGAAAAAGAAAAACAACCCAAAUCCAGGGCUGAAGCUUAAAUUGAAAUUGAAUUACGAGGAGGUGGUCAAUGCCUGGUCUGAGUCUGACGGUGGCUCCCCUUUUUCACACCAACCUCCCGGAAAUGAUGUCUAUAUGGAUUUAUUGAGUGAGGCGGAAGGCGGAGUGAGGGAGGCAAGCGUGCUUCGGUACAAACAAAAGCGGCAUACACGUCUCUUCUCCACCAAAAUUAGGUACCAAGUCCGUAAACUUAAUGCUGAUCGACCCCCCCGAAUCAAGAGCCGGUUUGUCAGAUGGCCAAAUUAUUGUUCCACAAGUGAUGAAACGUGACCCAUUACGUACAUCAAGUCAACAACCUUUUUUUUUUUUGCCUUGUAAUGCUUCCCCCAUUAUUUCCAUUUCGUUUAUUCCCCAAAGAGCAAGGUUUUGUUGGAUUAAAUAGUAUCGAGUUUUAUAAAUAAACAACCUAAUUUCCAUUA